UGUAGCAGCCAGGGACACCGCGGACGCUCUCCGCGUGCUGACAGAAGCCAUGCGCGGUGUCGCCUCAACCUCAGAAGACAUCGAGGUCAGACGGCAAGUGAUCGACAACGCCUGUGACGUCAUCGACAAGUCGACGCAUCUACUGGAGGAGACGAAGCGAGCCAUGAACGACCCAGAAAACCCUGAGAACCAGGCUCGACUUAAUAAGGUGGCCAAGGCUGUGUCGAGUGCGCUCAAGAACUGUGUGAACGCCCUUCCCGGACAGAGAGACGUGGAUAACGCCAUCAGACAGAUCACAGACUCGAGCCAGAAGCUGGCGUCCACCAAGUACCCGAGCACAGACCGCACGUUCCAGGAGAUCCAGAUCGAGAUCAACAACGCCGCUGUCAAUCUCAACCAGGCCGCCAGUGACAUCGUCACCGCAUCUCGUGGCACACCUAAACAACUCGCCGAGUCAUCUCGCGAGUACAGCUCGUCUUACUCAGAGUUCAUCAAAUCUGGACUCACCAUGGCAGGUCUGUCCAAGGAUGGAGACACACAGAACCAGAUUGUGGGCGGACUGAAGAACGUCUCCAUGGUUUCAAGUAAACUGCUGCUGGCCGUCAAAUCUGUGUCGGCUGAUCCAAACGCUCCCAACACCAAGAAUCUGCUCUCGCAGGCCGCCAGAGCGGUGACAGAAAGCAUUAAUCAGCUGAUCAACGUCUGUACUGUGUCGGCUCCAGGACAGAAGGAGUGUGAUAACGCCCUCAGACAGAUACAGAUGAUGAAAUCUAUGCUGGAGAGUGCCAAUGAGCCAGUGACCGACCUGUCGUAUUUCGAAUGUCUGGACUCCGUCAUGGAGAAAUCUAAGCUGUUGGGAGACUCUAUGACUGGGAUCACGAACCAUGCCAAGAAGGGCGACCUGGAGAACUUCUGUGACUCCGUGGGGAACUUCUCAACAUCUGUUUGUGGACUCACUGAGGCCGCCUCACAGGCGGCCUACCUUGUGGGCAUUGCUGAUGGAGCGUCAGAGCCCUGAAGGCCCGGGCUGGUGGACCAGUCCCAGUUUGCCCGGGCUAACCAGGCCAUACAGAUGGCGUGUCAGAACCUGGUUAACCCGGCCAGCUCCCAGCAACAGGUCCCUAUCCAGUUUCUGACAGUCCAUCGCCGUGGUUAUACCUGUCCGCCACUGUCUCACGCAAUGCCAUAUCUACCCGCUCCUAUUCAACAUGCCCGUGAUGGAGACUUUGGACAACAGAAAACUUAAACAUUUUAUUGUUCUUGUUAUGUAUAAAUUAUGUAUAUUUGUUUGGUUUUAUUUUAUAUAAAAAUUGUAAAUAUAAAUCGAAUCCUGUUGUGUUUGACUGAACAGUCACGAUGGCUGUCGUGACAAGCCUACUCG